AUGGCAGAUCUCUCCACUUCCUCCGGUCGGGAUCCCGACUCCGACCCUAGAGAAGCAAACAACGUCCUGUCCCAGCAUCUGCACCCUCAGUUCACUGCUUCUCUUCAGGAUGAGCUGACUCCACCCCCCGCCGAGCCCCCAGCCGAGCAAAGUAGUGGUGAUGCUCCGUCCGAACCCCAAUCCUCCCUGAGACUGCAAGGCGGCGACAUCCAUCGAGACUUGUACCGUCUCGACGCCAAAUCCAAGAUAGCUCGCCUGGACAAACGGGCGGCCACGUUCUCCUUCCUCCCGAGACGCACGGAUGAUGUGGUGGAGGAAGGCGUGGCAGCCAUGGAGCCGGGGAGCUUCCGCCGUCACUUCGUUCAGAACAAGUACGGUCGGCUCGACCAACCGGGCGUAACCUCGUCCUUUCUCGAUUUCCUAGAUAUUUAUGGUAACUUUGCGGGCGAGGAUCUGGCCGACACAGAGGAGGAAUCAGCCAUCGUCGAAGAGGAAGAAGAAGAAGAGGAUGAGACGAGGCCGGUGUCCGAACGAACUGCCCUCUUGCGGCGACGGCGGAGCUCACGAGCCAGCCGCCCAGGCGAUGCUUCCAACGUCAAGACCUUUUUCACACUCCUGAAGGCAUUCGUGGGAACGGGAAUCAUCUUCUUACCCAAGGCCUUCCGCAACGGUGGAAUCCUGUUCUCCUCCAUCACCCUUGUAACAGUGUCGUUGAUCAGUACCUUGUGUUUCCAUCUGUUGCUGGAAUGUCGGAGACACUAUGGUGGUGGCUAUGGCGACAUUGGUGAGCGGAUCGGUGGCACCCGACUUCGGACGUUGAUCCUCGCAUCCAUCGUAAUCUCGCAACUGGGCUUUGUGUGUGCUUGUAUCAUCUUCACCGCGGAGAACAUUCAUGCCGUCCUGGAAGCGGUGACAAAGGACCCGGGCACAGCUUUGUCAACCGGUAAAUUAAUCGCCGUCCAACUGCUUGUGCUCAUCCCACUGUCCUUGAUCCGAGAUAUCUCCAAGCUGGGCCCCAUCGCGUUGCUGGCGGAUGUCUUCAUCCUCGUAGGCUUGGCGUACAUCUACUUCUAUGACAUUGCCAGUCUCGCGUCCCGUGGUCUGGCGUCUUCGGUUGAACUCUUCAAUCGCCAAUCGUUCACCCUGACCAUCGGAUCGUGUAUCUUCACCUUCGAAGGAAUCGGCCUGAUCCUGCCGAUCCAGUCUUCCAUGAGGCGGCCAGAGCAUUUCGACAAACUCCUCUAUACUGUCAUGAUCAUCAUCACGGUAUUGUUCACGGCGGUUGGGGCCCUCUCAUAUGCCACCUUCGGCGCGGACACCAAAACGGAGAUCAUCAGCAACCUGCCCCGCACGGACCGCUUUGUCAAUGUGCUCCAGUUCGUCUAUUCGCUCGCCAUCCUGGUCAGUACGCCGAUCCAGCUGUUCCCUGCCGUCCGUAUUAUCGAGGGCAAGCUCUUCGGUCAGAACUCAGGCAAGCGCGACCCCAUGAUCAAGUGGAAGAAGAAUGUGUUCCGGACCGGUGCCGUGAUGAUCUGCGGGCUGAUUGGAGCUGUGGGGGCCGGGGAUCUCGACAAAUUUGUCUCGUUGAUCGGGUCGUUUGCCUGUGUGCCCCUGGUGUAUAUCUACCCGGCGUACUUGCACUGGAAGGGCGUAGCCGAGUCCCCGUGGGUCAAACGAGGCGAUAUUGCGAUGAUGGUCCUGGGAGUAGUGUUCAUGGUGUACACAACAAGCGCCACCGUCUCCGUCUGGUUAGAAGGAUCCGCCUAA